CUCGGCCCUCUUUGGUCACACGGUCAAUGACAUCAGCAGAGGCAUUACGGACGCAGAUGUGUACAACACAUGUAGCAACCGGCACUCUGUGACCUGCUAGGCUUUUAAUUUCACCAUCAAACUGCAAGUGGACCUAAGUGAAGCGCGACAUCUUUCGAGUAGUGUACUACCAGUUCCAUUGGAUAAACCGUUCAAGGAAAAGAGAGCGUCUGAUGAAGCUAACAGUAGUUAGCCUAGCUAGCAUAGCUGGUUAAGUUUGUAUUGCUGCUCAUUGAAUAACGUUCAACUUUAAUUAACUCGAACAAGCUAACCAGGCAGGUGAAGCGAAAGUGAAAGACAAGGACGGAUUAUCAACUCGACAAGGGCAAGAUUUCGGUUUUCUAGCUUCCUGAAAGGUGCUUGUCACCAGAGUAGUACUGGGUGACUGGCUAACCCGACUUCCUUGUGUCGUUCGAGGUCACUCUCUACCGUGCAUCUAAGAUCAUCAAGUUAUCGGCUAACUAAAUCUAACCAUGAAGAGUCUCCCGUUCUUCUGCCGGGGGGAGGUCAUUCGAGGCUUUGGGAGAGGAAGCAAAGAACUGGGAAUUCCUACAGCCAACUUUCCUGACUCGGUGGUGGACAACCUUCCAGCAGACAUCAGCACAGGGAUCUACUACGGCUGGGCCUGCGUCGGUAAUGGUGACGUCUACAAAAUGGUGAUGAGCAUUGGCUGGAACCCUUAUUACAAAAAUACCAAGAAGUCCAUGGAGACCCAUUUGAUUCACACAUUCAAAAAGGACUUUUAUGAGGAGAUUCUCAGUGUUGUCAUGGUGGGCUACAUCCGUCCAGAGAGAAGCUACGACUCUCUAGAAGCCCUCAUUACGGCCAUCAACAAUGACAUCGAGGAGGCCAAGGUCAAGCUGGAGCUCCCGGAGCAUCUCAAACUGAGGGAAGACAACUUUUUCAAAAGCGCUCCCAGCUCGUCUUCAGCCAUGCCCUCCACCAUGCCUUCCACCUCACAGACUAUUAUGAAUGGUCACUGACAGCUGGCUGUGACUGCAGCACUUUGUGCACACAAACACACACACCAGAACAACACAGAAGGUUCUAUACGCACAGGUGUGUGUGUGUGUGUGUGUAUGAGUGAGCAUGUAUGUACGCAUUUAAAUUCACAGCCUCAUUCUGAGAUUCAUGCGGUUGUGGCCAUGGCUGCACAUGGACGUGAUCAUAAACAACCAAUCUUUUUUAUUAUGUUUUUCUUUUUCUUUGUCAAUGGGUCUGCGUUUAAAGAGCUGUUUAGCUUCCUGUAUGGGUUUCUUACAAGCAUGCGAUCACUUUUAGAUCAUGCUGAUUUGUAUAUAUUCGCACCAAAGUUUCCUCCUCAAAUAGCAUAGCUGUGUAUGAAGCUCUUGGGUCUACCUGGUCCUGUUGUACAUCUGGAGUCUUUUAUGUGAGAAUGUACCUAAAAACAGCCGGUGAAGGAUGAGGGUGAGCACUAUAUAUAGCCAGUUUUGUCACAAUCUGUAUACGAAGAAUAAGACAAAUACAAGUGAAACUGUACUGUGAACAGAACACUGUUCAGCCAAGGUCAAAAAUACAACACUUACUUAGUCCUUUUCUGUGGCGAUUUGUGUCUGAUUGUUUAAGACAAAGUCUGGGCAUUAUUAUCUGUAAAAAUAACAACAAAAAAACACGGUCGCACAGUUGGAUGACUUUAUGCAACAACAUGACUAAAUGGUAUAUAUGUGAAGACGGAGAGAUUCUGUUAUGAAGUUAUGUCAGUUUAAAGGUAUUGAAGUGUC